AUGUCAGUGAUACAAGAGCUUUUUGAAAAUUACGAUCACAUUCCUGUAGAAUUCAAAAGACAUUUACACUUGCUGAGAGAACUGGAUGAACAAGUUUCAAAGCUUUAAUGCGAAAGAGAUGUAGUUAGAAAAGAACUAAAUAAAAAAUAGAUUCUAGAGGACGAGGAAUAGAGAAACAGACAAUUGGAGAGGUUGUAUUAGAUACAUGGGAAAAUAGAUAGCAUACAAGAUGAGAAGCUGGAAAUAGCUGCAAAGCUGUUUUCGAUUCAAUAAAACUUUAUCAGAAAGCUAGAUUAAUAAAUUGAGAAGACAGAGGAAGACAAAAAUGUAUAGGACAAAUGUAAUCAAGAUGUGCAAAUGGACGAUAUAGAUCUGACUAUACAAGCCAAAAACUUGAAAAACAAGAAGACGAUAUUACCACCAGGGAGAACAUCUAAUACACCUGGGUUUGGAAAAGGCAAUUUAGAUCCAUUAAGCUAGAGUUUCGGAGAGUUAGGAUAAAAAAGAAAUAAAAAUGAUCUAUUCAAGUAUGAGCCUCCUGCUAUUAAUAAUCAAGGAUAGAAAUCAAAAAGAGACAAUUUUGGACCAAAUUCUUCUUCAAAGAGAAGUAAUGGGGUUUUGGGUGGAAAUCCGUUUAUUCCUUAUUCCUAGGAUGAGGGAUUCUAAGAAGGAUUAGAUAACUAAGACGAUGAUAGCAUCUGCUCUGCUUGUAAUACAAGGAAGCAGAAUGAGAACUGGAUAUAGUGCGAGACUUGCAACAAAUGGUUCCAUUAGAAUUGCGUCGGUAUCAAUUAAUUCAAUGUGCCGGGUGACGAUGAGUCUUGGCAUUGCCUCGCUUGUAGGAAAUCUACCGGGAGCAGUUCAGGCUUAAAGCGUGGAUUUAGUGAGUUUGGAGCAUCAAAUCUUUUAGAAGAUGUAUGA